AUGUCGCACAUCAGCGGGUCGUUUCGGGACACUCACCAGAACUACGACUUGCUUGCAUCCCAAUGCAUCGUGACAUGCACCACGAAGCAAGAAGUGCGAUUUGUGAGACGCCUGCGCGUGUGGUGGUUGGAGGACGUCCACGAAAUGCUUUUUUGCAUUCGUUUCGACGCCUUGGCCUACUCUUUCCUAAUGACCGUGGCUCCAAUCGACCUCCCCGAGACGGAUCCGGUCUUCAACGCACUCAAGGGCAUCCAAAUCCAAAGGGAGCCUACAGUCUUCAUCCGCAUUUCCGACCAAGAUCUUGUGUCACUCCAGUACACUAUGAUUGGUGACUCUUGCUGCCUCGGAUUUGGACCGGAGAACGGCUACGUGUGGACGUCCUCCAAUCUGGCUCCCACCAUCGACAGGGAUUCUGUGACAUCGAACUUCUUCGACACUCUCGUGACAGCAAUACGACGAUCUUUCCCGUCUGGAGAUCAGGACCUAGCUGAGUUCAGAGCCACAUUCAGUGCGACUAUUCGCCAAGUCAUUCGUCAGAUGGAGCGCAAAGGACCAACGCUGGCGGAUUCACACUUGUACUUCGAACCCUCGUCUCGCGUGCAACAGGAAAUGCUUGAACACCUACGCAAUUGGAACUGCACCCACUAUGAGUUCAAGAGGUUUCUACGAGAAGCAGCUCGAGUCUUGGAUAUACCCGGAUGUCCUGGUUGGCUACUAUUCCGCUACGGGUAUGAGUACAUAUUGACCCCACUCCCGGAUGGUACCUUCACGUGGCACUGGGUGCUGGAACCCGCGAGCCCGAGCCGUGUGCCACAAGAGGCUCAGGCAGGUCACACGAGCCAAACUUUCGAAGAUUUAUCUCAAGGUCCAUUCUCGGCCUAA